GCACACCUGCACCCACUCGCUCACUUCACCUUCAUCCUCUCUCUACACAUCUCUUCUCUACACCACCAACCUCAAAGAUCAUGCCUUCCAUGAAGUCCGCUGUUGUGGCUGGUGCCUUCGCCGCCGGCGCCCAGGCCUUCGUGGCCCCGAGCGCCUUCAACGGUGCCGCCCUCACCACCGCGGCCAAGUCGUCCUCGGCCAUGAAGAUGUCCUUCGAGUCCGAGAUCGGCGCGCAGCCCCCCCUCGGAUUCUGGGACCCGCUCGGCCUCCUCGAGGACGCGGACCAGGAGCGGUUCGAGCGCCUCCGCUACGUGGAGGUGAAGCACGGCCGCAUUGCUAUGCUCGCCAUCGCCGGCCACCUGACCCAGCAGAACACCCGCCUCCCCGGCAUGCUCUCCAACUCGGCCAACCUGUCCUUCGCCGACAUGCCCAACGGUGUGGCCGCCCUCUCCAAGAUCCCCCCGGCGGGCCUCGCCCAGAUCUUCGCGUUCAUCGGCUUCCUCGAGCUGGCCGUGAUGAAGAACGUGGAGGGCUCCUUCCCCGGUGACUUCACCCUCGGCGGCAACCCCUUCGGGUCCUCGUGGGACGCCAUGUCCGAGGAGACCCAGGCCUCCAAGCGCGCGAUCGAGCUCAACAACGGCCGCGCCGCGCAGAUGGGCAUCCUCGCCCUCAUGGUGCACGAGGAGCUCAACAACAAGCCGUACGUCAUCAACGACCUCCUCGGCGCGGGCUACACCUUCAACUAAGCUACGAUGGACACGUUUUUCGGACUUUUCACUGCCGCGACCACCCCUUGUGCAGCUUGUUGGGGUUGUUGUUAAUUUCUGUCCCAGUUUGUUAAGGGAGUGCGGUUAGCGGCAUUUUGUUUUAGUCCACUUUUUUUUUAGAGACUGACUUCCGCGUUUUGGUCGAAACAAUUAAAAGGCGGGAGGAGUUCUUCUGUCCUCUUGUCGUUUUUCACAUGCUUCGCUGGCGGCACGCCCGCGCUGCGUGUUUUUUAAGAUGACGCGCAACAAUGUAUUGUGUGUUUUUUCGGCCCCACUGCUGUGUUACGCCGUUAUUUUUUGUCGGCUGGGUGGGUUCUGGGGCGCGUGGUUGGCGAAAUUGAGUGAGGGCGUCCCUAUUCGCGACCCCGCUCUCCUGUGUAGGUUUGUAGCGGUGUGCCUUCGUGCCCGACUGCAAGCUUGCCUUGCGUAAAAGCGCUUAUACGGCCUGACGUGGAUUUUUUUAUGCUUUGUUUCUGUGUGCGACGAAGCAGAGAAUGGUUGUCGGCGGUACGGGGAUAGGGAAGAAGCAAGCGCAGAAACCUCACGUGUUGCACGUACCGUUGGUAGCACACGUCGUAGAGAGGAUAAUCCACGUUUUUACGAUGAUUCUGGAAAUUUCUUGCCUUCUUGCUUUGGGUGAAACCCCACGCAAGAAUCUUGACGGACGCCUUCGGGCACGCAGACGGCGGAAAGACCCAUUGAUAUAUGGCGGCGUCGCUGUCAAUUUUGAUGCCAGGUCCUGUUAUUUUUCUCUUGGAGGACAGCGAACAACCUGCCAUCAAGAAGAUGACGUUUUUGUUUCCGCUCUUCGCGCACGCACGCGUCGUUGCUGUCGCUGGUCGUGCCACAAAUGGUCCUUGACGACGAAUGAAUUCGUUGACCAAAGCAAGACACAAACAAUCUUGUGCCGACAAAAUGGCGCCCCUUGCUUUUUCUUGUGGUUCCCUACUUCAGCCCUCUAUACACACCCGAAACAGGGUUCAUGUAGAUGCACCAAGCACAUGUCGGUCGUACAUUCUCACUUGAUUUGAGUCCGAAUUCAUUAGUUUUUAGAGUGCGCCGUCACAGGGGGAAUAUCCCUGGAGGAUGCCGAGAUUUUGAACCCGGGUUCUCCACCGAAAUCAACUUCUAUCUGUGUUGGUCCCUUGCUAACGUGAAAAAAAAGAUGGAAACAAACGUCCAUGUUGAACGUUGAUAUCUCCACACACCACCGCUCGCUGUGGUUUUAGACUAGUUGUGUUUGGGUGAACGAAUGGACUACUUGUGCGUCGUCUAGACAAGAGACGAGCUGGACCCAAUACAAAUAGAAGCGUG